AUGCAACAGGUUGAAAUAUUUCUUAAUGGAACCCGAGAUUACGAUCAGCUUAUUGGUCAAACUGGGCCUUGUGUAUAUCCUGCCGGACAUCUUUAUAUCUACUCACUUUUGUAUUUACUGACAAAUAAGGGUAAAAAUGUAUUUGUUGCUCAGUGCAUAUUCGCAUCUUUAUAUCUGAUAACCUUGGGGCUUGUAUUCAAUAUUUAUCAUAAACUUAAAAAGGUUCCCUUAUUUCCCAUUCUUCUCAUGUCGUUCGCUUCUUAUCGAGUUCAUUCUAUUUACUUACUUCGUCUUUUCAAUGACACUUGGUCAAUGUUCUUUCUCUACUCCUCUAUUAACUUGUGUUUGUAUAAUUAUUUCAGUUUAGCCUCUAUCCUUUUCAGCCUAGCUGUUGGUGUUAAAAUGAAUAUUUUGCUUUUUGCUCCUGGAUUUCUCUUUGUUCUGCUCAAAAACCGCGGUGUUUAUGAAACCAUCGGCCACUUGGCUGAGUGCGCUUCAGUCCAAGUCUUAUUGGGUGCCAUUUUCCUAUUCCGCAAUUCAGAGGCCUACUUUGGCCGUGCUUUUGAAUUUAGUCGGCAAUUUAUGUAUAAAUGGACAGUAAAUUGGAGGCUCGUUCCGGAGUCCCUCUUUCUUGAUCGUCGCUUUCAGUUAGCCCUUCUUGCUCUGCAUAAUGAAAAAAUGUUUAAAUAUUGCUUUUGUAAAGUUAUUUUAUUUUCCAAAUUUUUGUCUACACUUUGGCGAAUUUACACAUAUUUGUUUUCUUUUCGGUUUUGUUUUGUAGAUGUUCUUUACCCCAUGUUUGUGUCCAAUUUCAUUGGACUCGCAUGCAGUCGGUCGUUGCAUUAUCAGUUCUAUGUUUGGUACUACCACACUAUUCCCUUUCUCUUGUGGUCUGCAACUCCCCUAACGAAUCCAAUUCGGUUCCUCAUCUUUGGGCUCAUUGAGAUGUCCUGGAACGUCUAUCCAUCGACAGAGGCUAGCAGUCUGACCCUUCAUAUUUGUCAUGCUACUAUUCUCCUUGGCCUGGCCUUCUCGUCCAUAAAAUCAUCAACUUUUCUCCCCUCAUCUCCCACCGAAAUAAGCAAAUCAAGUGGUCGCAAAAAGAAGUCGCAGUAG